GUUUCGUUACGUCAUUCUAGAGAGCAGUUGAGAUUGACAACUAAAACACUGGAGCAGUUUAUAUUUAAUAUUUAGUGCAAAUUAAAAAGAAAAAAUGUUAUCAGUGUGUAGACAGUCUUUUAGUUCAAGUUUACAAAGAAUUAGUAUUCGAUGUGUACAUUCAGUAGUGCCAGAAUAUAAGCCUGAGGCAGAUCUCCCUCAAAAUGAGCCUAUUUUAGAUUAUUUAAAGGGUUCCAGAGAACGAACUGAGCUGGAAGGGGAACUUAAAAAAGUUAGCGCAACUGUUGAAGACGUUCCAAUCAUAAUUGGAAAUGAAGAGUUCCGAACAGAUCAAGUGAAAUAUCAAGUUAUGCCCCACAAUCAUCAACAUAAAAUAGCGAAAUUUUAUUACGCAACGCCUGCACUAAUCGAAAAAGCUAUAAAAGUCGCUACAGAAACACAAAAGACGUGGGACAGAACCCCUAUGAGCGACAGAUUUGUGAUAUGGGAAAGAGCGGCGGACUUAAUGGCCAACGAACACAGACAAAAAUUGAACGCUACAACAAUGCUCGGCCAAUCGAAGACUGCAUAUCAAGCGGAAAUCGAUUCGGCGGCCGAAUUGAUUGACUUUUUUAGGUUCAAUUUGUACUUUUUAAAAGAAGCCCUACAGUAUCAGCCUAUUUCAACCACUCCAAAAAUUUUUAAAAAUAGCAUGAGAUACAGAGGCGUAGAUGGAUUUAUGGCAGCCGUAGCCCCUUUCAAUUUUACUGCCAUUGGAGGAAAUUUAGCUUACACUCCAGCUCUUAUUGGAAAUGCUAUGCUAUGGAAGCCCAGUGAUACUGCUAUUUUAUCAAAUUAUACAAUUUUCAAAAUAUGCCGUGAAGCAGGGGUGCCCCCCGGCGUGGUAAACUUCUUACCAGCCGAUGGACCCACUUUCGGAAAAGCCAUCACACAAUCUCCACACUUGGCUGGAAUUAACUUCACCGGAAGUGUUCCUACUUUCAAUUGGCUCUGGAGGGCGGUAGGAAAUAAUCUCGACAAAUAUGUUAAUUUUCCAAAAAUGAUCGGAGAAUGUGGUGGAAAAAAUUAUCAUUUUGUACAUCCGUCAGCGGAUGUUGAGUCAGUUGUGAACCACACAAUUAGAAGCGCCUUCGAAUUUUGUGGACAGAAAUGUAGCGCGUGUUCCAGGAUGUACGCACCUGAAAGUUUAUGGCCUCAGAUAAAGGACGGUCUUAUAAGUAAAAGAAACACUUUAAAAAUAGACGACCCAACUAAAUACGACACAUUCACUGGUGCCGUUAUCGACGCCACUGCUUUCAAAAGAAUAAAAAGCUACAUCGACUUCGCGAAAGCAGGCAACGGAUUAGAAAUCGUUGCUGGCGGCAAAUGUGAUGACAGUAAAGGAUAUUUUAUUGAGCCGACAAUAAUUUUUACCAAAGAUCCGCACACUAAAUCGAUGACUGAAGAAAUUUUUGGUCCCGUAUUAACAGUUUACGUAUACAAGGACAAAGACGUAAAUAGUGCCGUGGAUUUGGUAGGAACUAGCACCAGUUUCGCACUAACGGGUGCCGUUUUUGCUCAGGACGAGAAAUUCUUGAAAGACUCUUUGGAAACUCUCAAAAUGACAGCUGGCAAUUUUUACAUAAAUGAUAAGUCAACUGGUAGUGUAGUUGGUCAACAACCGUUUGGAGGUGCCAGAAUGUCUGGUACCAACGAUAAAGCUGGUGGUCCCACGUAUGUUUUACGUUUCGGGAAUCCCCAGACGAUUAAAGAGUCGUUUGUACCACAGAAAGAAAUCUUUUAUCCAUACAUGUUACAACCCUAAUCGAAUCCUCUCCUUUUCCAAGUAUUAAUUACUUAUUAAAAUUAUUAUUGUUACUUAUAAUGUGAUAAAUUUUUUUGAAAGUAUUCCCUAUAUUGUUAAGGUGAUUAUUAUAUUACAAACCUAAAGGUAUUGUUUUUUUUUGUUUUUAUCGUACAAUUUAUUAGUGAAUGUUAGUUGACUGUAAACAAUAAUUUUGUUCUUUCAUAUUUCCUGAAAUUGCUUCCUUUUGUUAUCACAGUCCAGGUGUUAAUUAGGAACGACAAGUUACAUAGCAAAUAUGUACAUUUUGUCGUCAAUAAGAUAAUGCGAACAUAUCUUUUGCUUUUUAAAUGUAAAAUCGAUUGUCAAAAAGAUAAAGAUUAUUUAUUUAUUACUAUUGUUAUUCUUAGAGAAAAAUGAAUUUUCGUUUUCAAUUCUUUUAAAAAGACAUGCGCACGGUAUGGAACCUAAGACAAUAUUUGUAAAGUAGUAAUAUACACGAUUAAUAAACGUAAAAAAAAAAAACAAUAUAAACAAGAUACAUUUGUUGUGUUGUAACAGGUACCCUAUCUUAAAUUUGUGAAUCGGUGUGUAUAUGCAACAGGCAUGAUAAUUAUAAAGUAUGCUCUCAUAUUAAUAUUUUAAAUUGUAUGUAUGAAACCUUGUAAGAGACUAUAAAAAUGCAAAC